CCGAAAGGAGAACCUCAAAAUCCCCAAAAUCCAAGAUCCAGAUCCGCCCCAAUCUCUAACAGUCCACUUUUUUACCGUUUUAAAAACCCCUCUCCCCCUUUACACGAACCACUCAUUACAGCAUCCAAUUCCUUCUUCACUUAAUUAAUUAAUCAAUCAAUCGAUCAGACAAUGUCGCUUCUGGUGGAGAAGACGAACUCCGGUCGGGAGUACAAGGUCAAGGACAUGUCCCAGGCCGACUUCGGCCGCCUCGAAAUCGACCUUGCCGAGGUCGAAAUGCCAGGUCUCAUGUCCUCCCGCUCCGAAUUCGGGCCCUCCAAACCCUUCCAGGGGUCCAGGAUCACCGGCAGCCUCCACAUGACCAUCCAGACCGCCGUCCUCAUCGAAACCCUAACCGCCCUCGGCGCCGACGUCCGCUGGUGCUCCUGCAACAUCUUCUCCACCCAGGACCACGCCGCCGCCGCCAUCGCCCGCGACAGCGCCGCCGUCUUCGCCUGGAAGGGCGAGACCCUCCAGGAGUACUGGUGGUGCACCGAGCGGGCCCUCGACUGGGGUCCCGACGGCGGUCCCGACCUCGUCGUCGACGACGGCGGCGACACCACUCUCCUCAUCCACGAGGGCGUCAAGGCGGAGGAGGAGUUCGCUAAGUCCGGGAAGCUCCCGGACCCCAACUCCGCCGAGAACGCGGAGUUUCAGAUCGUUCUUACGCUGAUCAGAGACGGACUGAAGGUUGACCCCAAACGAUACACGAAAAUGAAGGAGAGGCUUGUCGGAGUGUCGGAGGAGACGACCACCGGCGUCAAACGCCUCUACCAGAUGCAGACCAACGGCACCCUUCUCUUCCCCGCCAUUAACGUCAACGAUUCCGUCACCAAGAGCAAGUUCGAUAACUUGUACGGCUGCCGUCACUCCUUACCGGACGGCCUAAUGCGCGCCACCGACGUAAUGAUCGCCGGGAAGGUGAGUGUGGUGUGCGGCUACGGAGAUGUCGGGAAGGGCUGCGCAUUGGCAUUAAAACAAGCCGGUUCGCGCGUAAUCGUGACAGAGAUCGAUCCAAUCUGCGCCCUCCAGGCGCUAAUGGAGGGCUUCCAAAUACUAACUCUCGACGACGUUGUGUCCGAGGCCGACAUCUUCGUCACGACCACGGGCAACAAGGACAUAAUCAUGGUCGACCACAUGCGGAAGAUGAAGAACAACGCGAUCGUGUGCAACAUCGGACACUUUGACAACGAGAUCGACAUGCACGGGCUGGAGACCUUCAAGGGCAUAAAGCGCGUGAACAUCAAGCCGCAAACGGAUAGGUUCAUUUUCCCGGACACCAAUUCGGGUGUCAUUGUCCUCGCCGAGGGCCGGUUGAUGAAUUUAGGUUGCGCUACGGGGCACCCGAGCUUUGUGAUGUCGUGCUCGUUCACGAAUCAAGUGAUUGCGCAGUUAGAAUUGUGGAACGAGCGCAAGAGCGGAAAGUACGAAAAGAAAGUGUACGUCUUGCCGAAGCACCUCGACGAGAAAGUCGCGGCGCUUCACUUAGGUAAGCUCGGCGCGAAGCUCACCAAGCUUACGAAGGACCAAGCCGACUAUAUAAGCGUUCCCGUCGAGGGCCCGUACAAGCCGCCUCACUAUAGGUACUGAGAGAAGACGACCAUGACCACGACCGCGACCAAGAUCUAGUGAUCAUGAGAUCAAUAUUAUUUUUGUAGUUUAAUUUUAUUAGGGUUAUUGAUUUUUAUUUUUUUCUAUUGGAUGAGUGAGAGAAAAUAAGUUGAUGGUUUAUUUAGUUUUUGGUUUGAUUUCAUUUAUUUUGUUCCAUGAUUGAAAUGAAAGAACAUACUAGUAUGUUGAGUUCAUGAAACUUGACAGCUAAAGAUAU